UUGUCCCUUCCCGUCGUACGGCCGAACGGGCGCCGAAGGCAUGAGGCUGCUGCGGGGCGCCCUCCCGCUGCUACUGCCCCUCGUGGCGCUGCCUUUGGCCGCUGCCGCCUGCCCCUGCAGCGACCCCGACCUCUGCCGCCCGGUCCAGGGCGCCCGGGACUUCGAGGUCUUCGUGUUCGAUGUCGGCGGCGGGACCUGGCGCUUCUACAACUGGACCCACAUCACAACGGUGGCGACUUUCGGAGCCUACGACCCCGAGCUCAUGUGUUAUGCUCAUGCCAGGGGGGCCAGGGUAGUGCUGAAAGGAGAUGUACCUGUUGAGAAGAUGGUUGAGCCUGCUGCAAGAGAAUUAUGGAUAACUCAACAGGUGGAACUGGCUAAAAAGCAGUAUAUGGAUGGAAUUAAUAUCGAUAUAGAGCAAGCGGUUAAUAGGUUAUCACCUGAGUAUGAUGCAUUAACAAAUCUAGUGAAAGAAACUACAGAUGCUUUUCACAGAGCAAUUCCAGGAUCACAGGUAACAUUUGAUGUGGCUUGGUCUCCAGCAUGCAUUGAUCAAAGAUGCUAUAACUACAUUGGCCUUGCGAAUGCUUGUGAUUUCGUGUUUGUGAUGUCGUAUGAUGAACAGAGUCAAAACUGGGGAGAAUGCAUUGCAAGGCCCAAUGCUCCCUAUAAUAAGACCGUGAGUGGAUAUGAAGACUACAUUAAUAUGGGGAUUGAUCCUAAGAAGCUUGUGAUGGGUGUUCCCUGGUAUGGCUAUGACUAUACUUGCCUGAAUUUAUCUAAGGAUCACAUUUGUUCUAUUAAACCAGUUCCUUUCCAUGGGGCUCCAUGCAGUGAUGCUGCAGGGCGUCAGGUCCCAUAUAAAAUAAUAAUGGACCAAGUGACUAGUUCAAUUUCUGGGAGCCAAUGGGAUGAGGAGCAGGAAGCUCCUUAUUAUGAAUACAAGGAUGCUCUUGGUCAUUUUCACCAAGUAUGGUAUGAUGAUCCCUGGAGCAUUUCCCUGAAAGCAGCAUAUGCACAAGAACGUGGCUUAAGAGGCAUUGGCAUGUGGAAUGGAGAUUGUCUUAACUACUCUAGAACUGCUGUAGCAGAACAGCAAACUGAAGCAAUGUGGCAAGCCUUGAUACCAUAGCAACUGCAUGAGAUGAUCAGCAUUUACUGCUUGGUUUAGAAUGACGAAAAAUUUAAUGGGAUAUUAAUUCUAAAGAGAAAUGCAUAUGUUGUUGUCUUACAAGCAUAUGCUGGUUAUGAGCAAAACUUCUGGAACAAUCACAACUUUAUUUUAUCCAGUACUUUAGAAAGUAUUUAAUAUUGCAUUAAUUCAUUUUAAGAGAUUUGGUUAGAUUUUCUA